AUGGCGGUUGACAUGGUAACGGUGGCGGCGUUGCUCGCCAUAGUGGCGUUGGUGUACUACUAUGUGCAGAAAAAGUACCAGUACUUCCUCGACAAGCCGUAUCCGCAUCUAAAGCCGACCUUCUUGGUGGGCAAUUCAGGUCCCAUGCUUUUCCGACGGCGCGACAUGAUAGAGCACAUUAACGUGCUGUACAACAGCUUUCCAGAUGCCAAGUUACUUGGUGCGUACGACUGCCUCACGCCGAACCUGAUGAUACGUGAUCCGGAAACGCUAAAGCAGAUUGCGGUCAAAGAUUUUGACUACUUCACCGACCACACACCGUUCGUACCUAAUGAGAAGGAUACGCUGCAGAGUGACAACAUGUUCCUCAACUCGCUGUUCAUGCUGCGAGGACAAAAGUGGCGCGACAUGCGGGCCACCCUCAGCCCGGCCUUCACCGGAAGCAAGAUGCGGCAGAUGUUCGAGCUGGUGUCGGAAAGUGGACAGGGUAUGGUGCAGCAUCUUCUCGCCGAAGCCCGCCGAGACGGAGCAACGCAGCAGUACGAAAUGAAGGACAUUUUCUCCCGUUUCGCAAACGAUGUGAUCGCUUCCGUGGCGUUUGGCAUUAAGGUGAACUCUUUCACCGACCGGGAGAACGAUUUCUACACCAAGGGUAAAAAGCUGCUGGAUUUUAACUCGUUCAUAUCGAGCAUUAAGUUCCUGCUGUUCAUAACCAUGCCACGAUUAAUGCUGAAGCUGAACAUCGAGCUUAUGGAUGCGGUCUUAUGUAAGCACUUCCACGAGAUGAUUCUCGAUAACAUGCGGGUGCGUGACGAGAAAGGCAUCGUGCGGAACGAUAUGAUCAACAUUUUGAUGCAAGUGAAAAAGGGAGCCCUACGGCAUCAGAAGGACGAAGUCGACACAAAGGAUGCCGGGUUUGCGACGGUAGAGGAAUCGACCGUGGGCAAAUCGGCGAUCACACGUCAGUGGUCCGACAAGGAAUUGGUGGCUCAGUGCUUCCUGUUUUUCUUGGCCGGGUUCGACACCGUUUCUACCGCACUUGGGUUCAUGUGCUACGAACUAAUGAUGCAUCCCGAGGUGCAGGACCAACUCUAUCGGGAGAUUUGCGAGGUGGACCAGUCUCUAGAGGGUAAACCACUAACCUACGAUGCUGUCCAGGCGAUGCGCUACAUGGACAUGGUAGUGUCGGAGACACUCCGCAUCUGGCCACCGGCGCCGGCGGUCGACCGGUACUGCAACCGAGACUACACCUUCGACGAUGGCGAGGGACUUCGGUUUAAGAUCGAAAAGGGUCGUACCGUUUUUGUUCCGAUUUCAGGAUUACAUAGCGAUCCGAAGUACUUCCCCAAUCCGAAACAGUUCGACCCGGAGCGAUUCAGCGAGGAAAACCGGCAUAACAUUAACCCGGGAGCGUACCUGCCGUUCGGAAUUGGUCCACGGAAUUGCAUCGGGUCACGCUUUGCUCUGAUGGAGGUGAAAUCGAUUGUGUACUAUAUGCUGAAGAGCUUCACCUUCGAGCGAUGCGAGAAAACGCAAGUGCCGCUGAAGCUGAAGAAAAAUCCGGCCGCGAUAAGCACCGAGAAGGGUAUCUGGAUUCGUCUGAAGCCGAGAGAGGUCAACAACUGAUUGCAACAGUUUUGCCUGAUAAGAAUGUGACGUAAAGUUUAUACUUGUUUAUACUAAUACAUGAAUAA